AAGGUACCGUUGUCAAUCUCAGACUGUUUAGCCAUUGGGUUGGUCGAGAGAGGCUGAAUGGUGUUCGCUGGGUCCAAUGGGAGUGUGACCGGGCAGCAGGCACGUGGGAGGGUCGGGAGUCCUGCGAGCUAGUCCAAUGAGGAGGUGCGGCCUCCCUGGAGGCCCGGCCAAUCCGUGCCCGAAGUCCCUUCUAACCCACCUCUUUGCUGGCCAAGGGGCCGGGCCUUGCCUUGUUGAUCGGCGGAGCGGAGGGGGAGGGGCGGAGCUGUCAGCCGUGGCCAAUGGGCGGGCGGGUGUGGGUGCUGGGGCCAAUGGCGGCCGGGGCGGUGCGGGCCCAUCGCGGAUAGAGCUUCUGCUGCGGAGGGGUCGAGUGCUGGCCGAGCGAGCGAGCAAAGGGGCCCGGUCCCAGCGAAGGAGCCAGAGGCUGCUGGCCCAGCCACCCCGCGACGGAGUGACGGAGCUGACGCGCCGGGCGGUGGCCAUCAGAUUUGGUACUGAACCACUUGGAAUCAUGGGGUCCGAGAAUCCAAGUCCACAAAACCCUAGCUGUAAGAUCAUGACCUUCCGCCCUACAGUUGAGGAAUUUCAGGACUUUGGGAAAUAUGUGGCCUACAUUGAAUCCCAAGGAGCUCACAGAGCAGGACUUGCUAAGGUGAUCCCACCCAAGGAGUGGAAACCUAGGAAAACUUAUGAUGACAUUGAUGACAUGGUGAUUCCAGCUCCCAUUCAGCAGGUGGUGACAGGACAAUCCGGUUUAUUUACCCAAUAUAAUAUACAGAAGAAACCCAUGACAGUGGGAGAUUAUCGGCGCUUGGCCAACAGCGAGAAGUAUUGUACUCCUCGACAUCAAGACUUUGAAGAUCUGGAGCGUAAAUACUGGAAGAACCUGACUUUUGUAUCACCAAUCUAUGGAGCUGAUAUCAGUGGUUCUUUAUAUGAUGCAGAUGUAGAGGAGUGGAAUAUUGGGAAUUUGAACACCCUUUUGGACAUGGUGGAACAUGAAUGUGGGAUUAUCAUAGAAGGAGUGAACACUCCCUACUUGUACUUCGGAAUGUGGAAAACCACCUUUGCUUGGCACACCGAAGAUAUGGAUCUCUAUAGUAUCAACUACCUGCACUUUGGGGAGCCCAAAUCUUGGUAUGCCAUACCUCCAGAACAUGGCAAGCGUCUAGAACGCCUGGCAAAAGGGUUUUUCCCUGGAAGUUCUCAGGGAUGUGAUGCCUUUCUCCGUCACAAGAUGACUCUCAUUUCUCCCUCCAUUUUGAAGAAAUACAGCAUUCCUUUUGAUCGGAUAACUCAGGAGGCUGGAGAGUUUAUGAUUACUUUUCCCUAUGGAUACCAUGCAGGAUUCAAUCAUGGCUUCAACUGUGCUGAGUCAACCAAUUUUGCCACACUGCGGUGGAUUGAUUAUGGCAAGAUGGCUACUCAGUGCACCUGCCGAAAGGACAUGGUGAAAAUUUCAAUGGAUGUUUUCGUGAGAGUGCUACAGCCAGAGCGCUAUGAACUGUGGAAACAAGGAAAAGAUAUUACUGCUUUGGACCACAUGAAACCAACUGCACUAACUAGCCCCGAGCUGAUGGCUUGGAAUGAGACCAAGGCUGUGCUGAAAGCUAAGCUCCUUCGAAGGUCCCACAGGAAAAAAAGCCAGCCUAGACGGCAUAAGACAGAAGACCAGAAGUCUUUGGGAGAGGUCAUGGCUGCAGAAACUCUUUUGGAGGAGAGCAAAGUAAAGGAAGAGCCCAAACAUGGACCUGACCUAGAGGAAGAAGAGCAGCACAAAGCCCCUGAGGGUGGUGAAGGGGAUGGUAAGACCAAGAUCCGUGCUCCCAGGGCCAAAAGUGAUAAGAAGAAGAAGCACCACCACCACCACCACCAUCACCACCAUCACCACCCACCUCAGCCGCCUCAGUUGUUGUCACCUCCACCCCAGAUCUGUACAGAUGAAGAUGUCCCCCCACCGCUGCCUCCCAUAUUGGAACCCCCUAUAUUAGCACCAGUAUCUACUGCCACAGAAGAAAUUUUUCCCUUAGCUGCCCCCCUCAACAUUGUUCACCCUUCGGAGGUGCCCAGUGAAGAGGAUGACUUUAAGCCUCGACCUAUCAUUCCUAUGCUUUAUGUGGUUCCACGGACCAAUAAGGUGGUAUUUGACAAAGAGCGUGUAUCUUGCCAGCAGACACUUGAGCACUUUGCUCAGAAGGGCCAGAUUUGGAGGGAACAGACUGUCCCCAUGGAGCUCACAGUGAAGGAAGAAGAAAGGAUUGAAACUGAGCAGGUGGAGGUCAAUCCCAAAGCCAGUGAGGUUCAGGCCCCAUCUACAUUUUCUAAAUUGAAAAUGGAGAUCAAGAAGAGCCGGCGUCAUCCUCUGGGUAAACCACCAACUCGAUCCCCACUGUCUGUUGUCAAACAAGAAGGCUCAAGUGAUGAGGAAGCGUUUCCCUUCUCUGGAGAAGAGGAUGUGAGUGACCCUGAGGCCUUGAAGUCUUUACUUUCCCUCCAGUGGAAAAAUAAAGUGCAUAACUUCCAGGCAGAGAGGAAGUUCAAUGCGGCUGCAGCCCUAGUAGAGCCAUAUUGUGCUGUCUGUACUCUCUUCUACCCAUAUAACCAGGCCUUACAGACAGAUAAAGAGACUUCUCCAGCCUCUCUUGGGGAGACUUCCUCACUUCUUCCACUUUCCAAAUGUGGACAGAAGACCAAGCCCUUGAUCCCAGAAAUGUGUUUUACUUCAAGCGGUGAGAAUAUUGAGCCUCUCCCUGCAAAUUCUUAUAUUGGUGACGAUGGAACCAGCCUCCUCAUUGCCUGUGCCAAAUGCUACUUGCAAGUUCAUGCCAGUUGCUACGGAAUCCGUCCUGAUCUGGUAAAUGAAGGUUGGACCUGUUCCCGGUGCACAGCCAAUGCCUGGACAGCGGAAUGCUGUUUGUGUAACCUCAGGGGAGGAGCUCUUCAGAUGACAACUGAUAGAAGGUGGAUCCAUGUGAUCUGUGCUAUUGCUGUCCCAGAAGUACGAUUUCUUAAUGUAAUAGAGCGUCACCCUGUGGAUAUCAGUGCAAUCCCAGAGCAACGAUGGAAAUUGAAAUGUGUUUAUUGUCGAAAGCGGAUGAAGAAAAUAUCCGGAGCUUGUAUCCAGUGUUCCUACGAACAUUGCUCUACUUCUUUUCAUGUGACCUGUGCCCACGCAGCAGGGGUCCUGAUGGAACCUGACGAUUGGCCAUAUGUUGUGUCUAUCACUUGCUUUAAGCAUAAAGCAGGCAGCCAAGGUGUCCAAUUUCUAAGGGAAGUGUCAUUGGGUCAGACAGUUAUCACAAAGAAUCGCAAUGGCCUCUAUUAUCGGUGCAAAGUAAUUGGCACAACCACACAGACAUUCUAUGAAGUGAACUUUGACGACGGUUCCUACAGUGACAACUUGUACCCAGAGAGCAUUAUUAGCAGAGAUUGUAUCCAGCUGGGACCGCCUCCUGAAGGGGAGUUUGUUCAGCUCCGGUGGACUGAUGGAAAUAUCUAUAAAGCCAAGUUCAUUUCAGCUGUGAUCAGUCACAUUUAUCAGGUGGAGUUUGAAGAUGGUUCCCAGCUGAUGGUGAAGCGUGGUGAUAUUUAUACCCUUGAGGAGGAGCUCCCGAAGAGAGUCAAAUCUAGACUGUCUGUCAGUACUGGUGCUCCACAAGAGAAGGUAUCAUUAGGAGAGGAGGUGAAGGCAGCAAAGCGCCCAAGGGUGGGCAAUGCUCGAAAUUCUGAGGACUAUGGACAGAAUCCCGAUUACCUGGCCUUUAUGGAGAACCUACUGCAGUCACAAUACCAGCCUGGAGCUCAGAGCCACAUGUUUUAGUACAAACACAAUUUUAGAACCAACAUCUCGUGACCUCCCCCACCCUCGCCCUGACCUCCUUUUACCCCAGCAAAGCACCCAGGCAACUGUGGAACAAGUGGACAGCCCUCCCCCCCCCCCCCUUCUCCCCUUUCCCUCUGCAAUAACUUGCUGUGAAUUCCUUUCAUCUACAUUUAAUUUUGACCAUCUGAGAGACUUGUCUGGCCACAGGCUACCUCGACUCUGCUGAACACGACACUGCUGACGGUAAUAGGAAAAGGAAGCAAAUGGUAACCUCUCAGAUUGUGUGUCACCUGGAUGCUUUAGAAGAGCUUGUACUCCUGGAACACAUGGAUGCCUGGCUCUUGUCUUAGGCUAGGAAGGGUUAAACGUUAUGUUACAAAAGCAAAAACUACUCAGAUUUUUAAACCAUGUAAAAGCUCUCAUCUUGAAAAGGUGCUAUUUCACUGACUACUGAAGCAGCCUUUGGAAUUGUGAUUUCUGUAUAUAAAUCACCUUUGUGAAGUUCUUUCUAUAAAUACUUAUUGUUUAAAAAAAAUAUAAGAAAAAAAAAGGAAAAAGAAGGAAAGGAAAAAAAUCCCCAAACUGAUUUUCUAGAUUUGUGGCUUUAAAAAUGUUUUUUCCCCCACAAACUGAAAUGGGAUUUGAGUAACACUGAAUAUGAGGGAGAGAAAAACAUCUCAUUCAUUUUCUUUUGUUGUUGUUUUAAAAUAUUAUUUGUAUAUUGAGUGGGCAGGGAAUGUGUUUUAGCUGGAGUGGCUUGGCAGUUGUGAGGGUGUUUGUGUUCUGAGCAGCCCAUUUGGGUGUUUCUGCUUUUGCUGCUCCCUCUCCCAGGGGUCAUGUGGAGGUUUGUCAGUCACUCGGUGGGGCUGCAGGCAGGGUUGGAGUGUGAAUGAGGGAAAGAGGGAAGGACCCUGCUCCCUUUGCCCUUCUCUUCUCUGUAGCCCCCUGGAUAGGUCACUUGGCUUCCUCCCCACGGCCCCAGGCCUUGCAAAGGUUUAAGAGGAAGGUUGAGGGUGCUGCUUGGUCACGGAUUCUUGGUACAUUUGCCGCUCCACACCCAUGGCAGAUGGGACACGUGGCCAGCACCUUUGUGCAUGCCUGGCAAAAUAAAUACUUUCUCUUCUGGUUUGCUUGAUCUUUUGCUUCUUACUGUGGUGAGUAUCAUUCCAUUACUGAAGUCUCAGAAGUAUUUAUGUGUGUUUGAUUAAACAAGAAACCCUCCCCAAUCUCUUUAUGGCUGCGACUGACUUUCUUUAAGCAAAAGAGAGACCCCUUUAGGUUGCCCCUUAUAAAAUGUGCACUGGAGGCAGACCUUGCUUUUUUGGCAUGCUGGGUACUAGCCAUGGUGUAUUUGGUUGUCUCUAUUCAUUAAUACUCUUAGAGGAAACCAGUUUGGGGGGUUUUGUUUUAAACCCCAAAAGGUGUCUCCCACUAUUCCUCUACAGCUGAGCCAGGUGAGCUUAGAAGGGGCCUGAAACUGGAGGAGAGACAGACAGAGAGAGACCAUGGACUUGGGAAGAGAUCAGUCCUUUUUGGACCUGGGUCUGGGUCAGGGUCAGCUCCUGGAUGCUUCUUGAGGACCCCUGGGAGCAAGUUUCUCCCUAAGGGAUUAGCCAUAUGUUUACACUGCCUCCUGGUAAGCCUCUUCAGAAAAGCCAGCAUUGUAGAUAAGACACCAGCAGAUGCUGCUUUCACCAGCAUCUGGUAUCUAAACAGCCAUAGAUGCUCCAAAGGGAGUGGCUGACUUGUUAUUGAAGGCGGAAUGACAUCCCUUCUGUCCCUGCUGCCUCGAACUGGAGGCCCUUGGUGUUUCUCUAUGUAGAAAGAAAGAAGCUCAUUUGUUAUUUGAAGCCAUCGUAAGGUGAAGUUCCUCCUGCUGUCUUCUUGGGGGUGGGGUGGGGUUAAGCAGUUGGGUUUCAACUUCAAGCGAAACCACAUUUUGAAAAAUCUUAGAUUGAAUUAAAGAGAGAAAAUGUACUUCAUAUUUCAUUUUGGAGAAAGAGUAAGCAGAGCUGAGGCCAAGCCUCAUUUUAUCUGACUGUGCAUCGAUCUGAGUGGUUUCCUGCCAUUCACAAGAAAAUGAUUUAAAGAAUAAUCUGCAUGUAUUUUUUAAAGAUGUUUUAACAGUUGAUAGGUCAGAGAGAGUACUAUUUAAAACAAAAAAAAUAUGAGAGAAUGUUGACAUCAGAGAAUUCUUGCUGUGGAAAGGGGGAAGUGAAGGCUGGGGAGGAGGGGUGGGCAGUGGGGGGCCUUGAGUUGUGGGGAUUCUCCUUCUUGUAGCAGGCCUGGCUGAAACAGCACCUUUCCUAGAUUCCUUUAUAGUUCCUUUAAAAAAAAAUACUAUUUAUGUUGUUAAAGUGAGCAGCUACAUAUUCCCUAGGGCCCAUAGUCAAGGAGUGCUUGUUUGAAAUGAUACUCUGGACCCUUAGAAAACUGUUCUUUGUUGUUGGACUGACCCCUGGAUGAGGCUGCCCCUUCCCCAUCCCAUCCCCACUUUCCAAGUUUGAACUUUCAGGAAUAAUUUGUGCUAAUCUGUUGAUAGUGGCCAUAGUGCCGGGGGAAAUGCACAUUUUUUUUCCAACAAAAUAUAUUUGUAAGCAUCUUCUAUGCUACAGAAUUCCAGGCUGCUUGUUAUUUUGAAAUGUCUUCAUUUCUGAGCCGUGCCUUUGGUGUUUUAGGUGGCAAGGGGGCUGAUAAUCGAGUCCCUUUUUAAUGGCGGUGUGCUUUAUAAAAACUUAAGGAGACAGAUAAUUUGGCAAAGAGCAUAAGGCCAUCCAACUGAGUGUGCGCAGCAUGGACGUAGAGGAAUUCUCCAAAUGUCUCCAGAUGAAAAGAUUGACCCAGUACUUACAGGCAUGUAGUGAUGACUUCCCAGAGAAACAGCUUCGGACCAGAGGGUCAGACCCUGGAAGAGACCUUAGAAAUUUUCUAGGCCAACUGGCUCAUUAGUCUGAGACCCAGAUAGGCUCAGUGACUCAUUCAGUGGGGCAGGUAGUGAGUAGCAAAGCCAGCAUUCCAGCCAAGAUCUCCAUACACACAUGGCUUCCUCCUCCUCUUUCAGCAGGCACAGAGCGCCCCAGAGGAGACUCAAAGGGACCGAGACCAGGCCGAGCCCUUCAUCUUCUAGACGGGGGGCAGAACUCAGAGUCAGUGAUUUAUCCAAGGUCAGAGAGGACGUCAGGAGCAGAACUGGGGUUUAUAUUCAUGUCCAGGAGUUUGAGGAGAAAACGGACAGAACAGGAUCAUCCUACUUGUGGCGUUGCUUACUCUUCCCUUCAUACAUGCUAUAAACUGGCCUGCUGGCUAUUCCCCAAGCUAAGCAGAACAAGGCAUUACAUCUCCUGUCUUGGUGCCUUUGCCGGGUUGUCCCCCACACCUGGAAUGCACACCCUCUGCCCUCCCCCGAGCUCUCGGAAGGCUCAGCUCAGGUGCCGCCUCCUUUGGCAAGUCUUUCCUGAUCCCCCAGGUGUUAGUCCCCUCUGCCUCCUGAAAUUACUUUGUAUUUACUUAUCCUGUACAUGUUGUAUCUCCCCAAUAGAAUGUAAGCUCCUUGAGGGCAGGGACUAUUUGGUUUUUGUCUUUGUAUCCGGAGUGCCUGGCCCAUUGCCUGGCACAUCAUAGGCACUUAAUAAAAGUUGUUGAAUUGUUGAAUCCCUCACA